GAGGACGGAGAUGUUGCAGGGUUGGUUGUGAUCAGAGAUGGUGGAGGGUUGGUUGUGAUCGGAGAUGUUGCUGCUGGUCCUGAUGCUGCAGAACCUGCAGAACCUGCAGGUCCAGUCCUGCCCCGACUCGUGUUCCUGCUCUCUGAGAAGCAGCGGGACGUCUGAGAUCAGGCUGGUCCACUGCAGCGAUACGGGGAUGGAGGUCGUUCCCGUCAACAUCCCCGCCGACACCGUCAAGCUGCGUUUUGAGAAGACCCUGAUCCCCAGGGUGCCCCGGGCAGCCUUCUACAACCUGGCGGAGCUGCGGUUCCUGUGGUUGACCUACAACGUCAUCACGACCGUCCACCCCAGCAGCUUCGUCAACCUGAAGGCCCUGCGGGAGCUGCGUCUGGACGGGAACCUGCUCACCUCCUUCCCGUGGGAGGGUCUCCGGGACACGCCUCACCUGCAGACCCUGGGUCUCCAUAACAACCGUCUCACCAGCCUACCGGCCCACGCUGCUCUGUUCCUGCACAACAUCUCCUACCUGGACCUGUCCAGUAACAGGUUGAGCGUCCUGCCAGCCGAGCUCGUGGACCUUUGGUUUCCUCUCCCCGGGUUAAAGAGAGCGGGAGAGAAAAGAAAAGUCCUGGGUCUCCAUGACAACCCCUGGCUGUGCGACUGCCACAUCUCCAUGUUGACGUCUCUCUCGAUGUCCCCGGGGAGCUCCGUGGUUCUGAUGGACCCCCUACUGACCUGCAGCCGGUCUCCGGGUCGGUCCGGGUCUCUGCUAACCCAGGCCGACCCGUCCCGCUGCGUCCGUCCGUCCGUCCAGCCGGCGGCCACCCGGGUCGUCUCUCCGCUGGGCAGCAACGUCAUCCUGCGCUGUGACGCCAGCGGCUACCCGACCCCGACGCUGACCUGGGUCAAAACCUCCACCCACAACGAUUGUUGCCAACAAGACGUCCUGCAGAACUCUGAGCAGCUGCCGAGGAUUCUGGAGAGUUUCAUGCAGGAAUCUCCCCGCGUCGGCGUCCGCUGGUCCAUCAUGAGUCUGAACGGACUUUCCUACCGGGACGCCGGGGAAUAUCGCUGCCAGGCUCGGAACAUGGCGGGAAUAUCUGAAGCUCCGAUCAAACUCCGAGUCCUGGGAAUCUCCCAGGUCUCUGCUCCCCCGAAGAUAAAGUCCAAGAAGAUUUCAUCUAAAUCAAAGUACAAGAAACCAGACAAAAGCCCGUCUGCCAGUCGGACCGCAGCUAAAGAACAGAAUAACACGGCAAAAAUCCCACGAUCCGCCAGGAUUCUCAGCCUAAAAGCUCAGAAUUCUCAGUUCAAAGUGUCACAACGAGACGGUUACAGGAAAACGUAUCAAGUUAACUUAAUGGACACCAGUAAAAACCGCCCAGCGUUGGUGAAAUCCUUACAAAGACGCUCUAAGUUUUCUAAAUCCCAGCGGUUAGAGAUUCUUGUAUGACUCGAUGAACUUGGUUGGUUUGAGUUAAAUCAGGGGUCAGCGGCUCUUUAGCGCCGCCCUAGUGGCUCCUGGAGCUUUUUCAAAAAUGUUUAACCUUUUUAUUUCCUUUUUUUUUCUUUUUUCUUUUUUUUCCUUUUCUCUCUUUUUUCUUUUUUUUUCUUUUCUU